AGGAGAGAUGAAGAAGACAGGAGAGCUGUGGAUGAAUAGACAACACUAUAGGGAGCAAAGGGGAGGGAAAGUAACAGAUGGACUUGUGAGGAUUAGAGGAAUCUGGGUGGGUUUCUGAUGGAAACUCAACCCAAGACAGAGGAGAGAGCAAUGAGGGAGCGCAGAGGAAAAGGUGAAGGAAACCGAAUCCGUGUUGGAGGAGGAGAGGUGAUGGAAACGCAAAACACGGUGGUCAUCCAGACAAAGACAGCGUGAGAGUCAGUUGACAUUAAUCUCAUCCACCUAACCCUGCAAAGAUUAACAGAGAUAACAGAGAUUACCAGGCCCAGAGGUAUAGAGGCCUGAGAUACCAGACUAAUCACUCCUUCGCAAGCUCAAUCCCUCCUGGGGACAACCUGGGGAACAGGUUGUUGGAGGACGGGAUGUGCCCAGAGAGCGCGUGUGAUUAGUCGCAAAAUCCGCAGGAUAAGAUUUAGACGUUUAUCUUCAUCCGAUAGAAGCGAAAGUCAUCAGACCAGAAAAGGAUCUGAGACGUGAUGGGGUAGAGUCGCAGCUCGGCGAGGAGAAUGUGUGGAGCCAAACAUGUUGCCUGGCUGGUGCCGUAACAUCGAGAAGAAAAGGAAGAUCUGAUGAACUACUUUGCUGAAGCAGGAGGAGAGCUGGAGUUCCUCCUGCAACCUCUGGCCUGCACAUCUGUCUCUGUCUUACUCACUGGAAGUGAUUAAAUCCCAGUACUUCAUCUGCCUCCACGCUGUCCUCUGACCUCCGCUCAUAUCGACUCUUCUCCUUCCUCAAGCCCCCGCCCUCCCUUCAUCUCUCCACCCGACCUCUAACCUUUGCUCCACUUCUCAAGCAUCCCUAAUCCCCCCUCUCUUCCUGUCUCUUCUCUCCUUCCUACCAUCCAUGAACAUCUUGACUUGUCACUGCGGUGUCACGGAAACCCCUCGCUCCUCUCAUCCUCAUCCUGAUUGGUCAACAAAACCUGUCAGCCAUUUUUGAACCAAAAUCAACUCUCAAAGUGAAACCGAAGCACACUCUCUGGUCAUUCCUCCCCUGAGUUUCUCCUUCCUGUUGAGAAGCAACAAUGUUGGAGAACAUGUCCAGACGUAACCGCUCCCUGCUGUCACUCUCCCUCACCUCACUGGCCCUCACCCUGUCCGUGUUGGCGUUCUGCACCUCCUACUGGUGUAUAGGAACGCACAAGGUGGUGAAGCCUCUCUGCCUGUCACCUGUCAAGUUGAAGAACUGCGGGAUGAACAACAGCCAGCCGUACACCACAGAGGCCCCCACCCCGGACCCGAGGCACCCGCCCUCCAACGUGACGCUGUCUCCGCUGCAGAAGGAGGAGCUGGCCAGGAUAAAGAAGAAGCAGAUGGCCAACGCCGUCCACUACAUCUGGGAGACGGGCGAAGACAAGUACAUGCAGCGCUACUUCCACACCGGCUUCUGGCUCUCUUGUGAGAAGCAUAACGAAGGUGAAGAUCAGGAAGAAAAGUGUCGCAGCUUCAUUGAGCUGACACCAGGAGAGACACAAGGUGUCCUGUGGCUUUCGGUCAUCAGUGAGUUCACGUACAUUGGUCUUCUGGCCAUGGGCUUCCUGCUGAUGUGGGUGGAAUCAAUUUGCCUCUGUGCCAAGAGGGAGAUGAACGCCCUCAAGAUCAACGCCUUCGCCGCCAUGUGUACUGUCCUCUCAGGUAUGAUGGGGAUGAUGGCACACAUGAUGUACACCACAGUGUUUCAGAUGACCAUUGCAUUGGGCCCAAAAGACUGGAGGCCACAGACCUGGGACUAUGGGUGGUCUUUUGCCAUGGCGUGGCUGUCCUUCAGCUGCUGCAUGGCGGCUGCUGUGGCCACGCUCAACUCCUACACCAAGACCAUCAUCGAGAUGAAGCACCGGGCCCGGGUGAGGCUGGAGGAGGCUCGCGCCGCUGCCUGCGCCCCCUCCUACGAGGAGGUCGUACGAGCCGGCGGCGGAGGCGUUUACUCCGUCAGUCAGCUGAUUCAGCUCGGCCAGCAGGGGGCGCUCAUGGACCCUCUGUGGCCCAGAGGAGUGGGACCGGCUGUCGGAUGUGGAAUGGGAGGGGGAAAGCUGGUGGACCCUCAUGGUAUGGUGGUGGUGGAGGGAUGUGGCGCUGAGGGAUGUGAAGACUGCGAACGGGAGAUGGACGAGAUAGAUUACGCUCUGCAGGACGAGAGAGAGGGCUCACUCUGCUAAGACUUCGGGGGACCGAGGUCUGUGACAAUAUCUUGUCAGGAUUGGCUCUUCAUAUCGCAUUUGAAAACUACAUUCCAAGACUUGAACAUAUACCUUCAAAAACCUUUGUUUUUUUUGUAUAUAUGCAAUUUUCAAAUGAUAAUUGUAGCAUUUCUAGACAGUUUUCAAGUUACACAAUGAUCAUUUCAAGCUGUGUCAUUCAAUUUCUUGACCACUAAAGGGACAGAAAGACUCCAAAUCAAACUCACGGCUCCAAUGCAGUGUUGGUUUAUCACGUUGUUACGGCUAACAAGUGAGCAGAUAAUCACGUACAGUACUUACACAUCCAGCAGACACGGAGCAACAUUAUCAUCCCGUUGCAGUCAUUGCAAACUUCUAUUGUUAUGAGGAAGUUUGGUAAAACUCGUAAGACUCAACCGUCAAGUCUAUGUGCAGAAGAAGAACCAAAACAAUUGGCUAAAAGAGGCUAAAAGCUGCAUAGAGUCAACAACUGUUGAUGUUUUGAAGCUCAUUUCUUUUCUUUUUUUUUAAAGGAAGUUGUCAGCAGUUGGAAUCACAUGAAGACCAAAACACAAAAAAAAUUGGAAAAAGUGUAUAAAAUGUUUAAACUAUGGCAUCUCUUUUUUUAACAACAAUGUAGUUUUAAUUGUAUUUUUUAAAUAUGUUAAAAGGACCAAAAGGCAAUAAUGUGUGACCACGUCAAUAGAAGGCUGUGUCUACUAUAAUUUUAUAUCCUGUUAAAAUCCCGUUAAUACUUGUAUCAGUACAUUUUGAGGUAAUUCUUUUUUAUGUCGAAGACUGGCUGUUCUAUAUGUCUCAUGAGAAAUUUGCUAACACAGGCUGGAUGUACACAGAACAUCAGAGAAUAAAACAACAUGGGCGGCUGUGGCUGUGGCUCAGAGGGUAGAGCUGGUUGUCCACCAAUUGGAAGGUCGGUGG